AUGAGUUCCAGGUCCCUUGGGACACCUGAGGAACCCAUAGCCCUCACAGUGGUCGAAGUUUCCGGUUAUCAUAACCACCUGUGUGGUGUCCCCAGAGUUGUCGAAGUUUCCGGCUAUCAUAACCACCUGUGUGGUAAACUUUGUCGUCAAACAGCAGAUUUUGCUCUGAAUGAAAAGACGCUCAUCAUAUACCGUGUGACUGCGAUGCUCCACUGCAUUGCCCACUGCCUCUGGAAAUGA